AGCUGUCUCUUUUCCCUUAUUUUGUUGUGUUUAGUGAAUGUUGUUAAUUUGGUACUGGUAAGGAUGAGUUACUUGGGUGUUGGUAUGAGUCCUGGGAAUGUCCCAGCAUAUCAUGGGAGCAAUAUAAAGGUUGCUGUUGAGAGACUUAGGCUUGUAGAGCUGGUUUUGAGGUGUGUGACCUGUGGUUUGGCCACUCUUUCUGCUGUUCUUAUAGUGUAUGAUACCCAGGUCAAAGAGAUCUUCUCCAUUCAGAAGAAAGCUAGAUUCACAGACAUGAAAGCUCUUUUCUUUUUGGUGGUAACCAAUGGGUUAGCAGCUGCCUACUCUCUGGUCCAAGGGUUGAGAUGUGUUGUGAGUAUGAUCAGGGGAAGUGGGCUCUUCAAUAAGCCCUUGGCUUGGGUUGUUUUCUCUUGUGAUCAGUUGAUGGCAUACUUGACAUUGGCCGCCGUGGCAGCCGCUGCACAGUCUUCUGUGUUCGCCAAGUUAGGGGAGCCAGAGCUGCAGUGGAUGAAGGUUUGCAAUAUGUAUGCAAAGUUUUGUAACCAAGUAGGGGAGGGAAUAGCAAGUGCACUAAUUGUUAGCCUUAGCAUGGGGGUCCUUUCUGGUGUAUCAGCUUUUAGUCUCUUCCGCUUGUAUGGGAACACUAAAGGUAAGAAAAGUGCAAGACGGGAGAUUAGGUCACUACCAAGUUCAACUGAAGCACCCAUCUUCAAAGUCUCUUAAGCAUGAGGAUGUGUUUAACUUGGUGGACAAUAUAUGAAAACAAAGCUGGUUCUUAACUUUUUUGUACAAUAAAAGAAAUUUGAGGUUGUGGAGUUUAUCUACUACAGCUUGUGUCUAGUUCAAUCCCUCUGUUGGUGCAUCUGAACCAGCACAGCAAUUUGAUUUUCUGAUGAUUUCAGAACGAAACAUCAUUGUUAGAUCACAAGCUUAGCAAUGACUAGCAAACUGGGGUUAAUAUGCUAGCCACAUGAAUAGUGUUAUUGUGAAAGUUUUUCCCUUGUAAGUUAACCAAGAACGGUGUAGAAAAAUUGAAACAUGCCUCCCUGUUUGUUUUGUAUAAUACCUG